AUAUAUCUUGCCCGUCAAAUCAAAAUAAAAUGUUUUUGUUUGUGAAUAGAAAGAGGAAAAUAACGUAAUGGAGUAAUUUUAGAAAGGCAAUAAAUAAAAAAUGAGACGCUCUACUCGAAAAAGGAAACCGCCUGCAAGACUUGAGGACAAUGCCGAGAAGCUGUCACGGACAAGGCAGCCACCGAGUAGAUCACAAACACCACCACCUCAGAAGGCACUUAUACCACCAUGUGGACCUACACAGCAACAUGGGUUGUAUUCUUUGGCUACAGCAUCGCCUAAUUCACAUACUUCUACGCCAAGGGCACCUACACUACCAGCAAGGGCAAGUACAACAUCGCCUGUAGCAGCCAUACCACCACAAGCGGACACGGCGCAGCAGUGUUUGGAGCAAGACAUCAAGUUGAUAAAUCGACAAGACAAAACGAGACGCUCGACAAGAGAGAGGAAACCGCCUGUCCGACUUGAGAACCUUGACAAAACAGCGCUACGGAAAAGACAGCCACAAGCAACACCACCUCAUAGGGCACCCGUACUUCAAAGGGAAACCAAGCGGCAAUGUAGGUCAUCUUCUGUGGCUACCUCAUCGUCUAGACCACCUACGACUCCGACUAGGGCGCCUACACCUCCGCAUGUAAUAUCCAUACCACCGCAGUUGUUUGAGCAGAACAUUCCAUUGGUAAAUGAACAAGUAGAACUGGAGAUGACAAAGUCUUCUGAUAUUGAGAUUUGCCGAAAAGCCAUCAUUAAGAAUUUCGUUGCACUCAAGCAGUAUUUGCAUCCUGAUCCUAUAAUUGAUUGUGAGACAGGCUUUGGAUUACUUACCGUCGCAGACAGAAAGAAUAUCAAGGGUAAAGAUCUAACUGAUAAGAAUGAAAUGAUAUUGAAAAGGGUAAUAUCCAAACGUGCUAAAGGUUACACAGAUUUUAAAGAGCGUUUGAGAAAGACCUGGCAGACUGACUUAUUAGAGCUGAUCGUUUGUGCAGAGAAUGGACAGGACACACAAGAGAUAAAGAGUCGGCUUGAGAAAACCGCAUUGUUAAGUCCAGAGUAUAUCAAACACAGAGGUGAAGUUAAAGAUGGUCUCUUUAAAUUCUACAAAACAAGACACAGUAAAAUUUUCCUGUCGCCUCUUUUUGAAGAGAAAGACACUGCGUUAGCUUCUUUCUAUAUCAGACCGGAACUGAGCUCAAUAGUCUCAACAUCGACGAGAAAUGAUGAAAAAAUACCAGUUGAAUCAUUAUCGGAGUUGUUCAAAACUAAGAAUAUAGAAAAUCGAGAAAUAUAUGUACUCGCUGAUGCUGGACUCGGGAAAACUGCAUUUUCAAAGUAUCUGGCUAACGUGUGGUGUCAAGCUCAUUGCCCGGAUGAAGACUUAAGUAAACUUUUGUUAAAGGAUGAUGUGGACUGUAUGCAAGAAUUUGAUUUCUUAUUCCUAGUCUUAUUGCGAGAUUCGGACGAUUUGUGCUUUAUAGAUGAGCUCAUAUUUGAAAAGAUUGUUUCAAAUUUGGGUCUUGAAGAAACGCUUUCCAAAGAUAUCCUGCUUAAAAUUUUGAAGAAUGAGAAAUGCCUAAUUAUACUUGAUGGACUGGAUGAAUGGACUCACCCCGACAAGAAAUGUUACAGAUCGCCUCGAUCGAUCCCCCACAGGAAUGAACAAAAAAAGUGUACAUUACUGACAACAACGCGACCAUGGAAAUUAGGUGUUUUGGAUCUCAAUUCGUGUCAAAUAGGGAAAAAGGUAGAAAUUACACAAUUAAGUAACGACUCGGCCGUCACACUUAUACGAAGGAUAUUACAAAGAUUGAAAUCACACCACAAUAAGGAUUUAUUAGAAAGUGAAGUCGAUCUGUUCAUACACACAAUCAAUAGGAGAAGGAACGACGAGCUUGCCUUUGUGCCUCUUCUUUUGAUAUAUACUAUUUGUUUAUGGUGCGAAGGUGUUCAAAUAGGAGAUACAAAAUGUGAUCUCUACAUAAAUAUAGUCGAGCUUCUUUUAUCAAGAACGAUCCAGAUCCACGGGGAGCUUCAACAAUCGUGGGAACUUUCUUCCAGUGACAUCCCAGAAUGCUUUGAUGAAUAUGAAACUUGUCAAAGAUACUACCCACUCCUGCUGAAUUUAGGGAAAUUGGCUUAUUAUGCAUUAUUCAACGAAACAAAAGAAAACACGCUAGUAUUUGAUGGAUCAGUUGCAAGAAAAUAUAUCGCACAAGACGAGAUGAAAUUCACCCUUCACUCAGGAAUGUUGUCAGAAAGUACAUCCAAAACGCUUACAAAAACAAUUAGUAAAGUAUCGUUUCCUCACAAAACAUUUCAAGAAUUCUUUGCCGCCAUAUUUAUAAGUUCUCAAAGUGACGCUCAGAAACCAGUUCUAGAGAAAUGUAGGAAUGUUGAAGACAUUCGGGACAUGUCACAAAUGUGUGAAUUUAUGAGUAAAAUGAAUGUUGACCUGAUGUGCGCAAUAUCAAAUGAUUUGAUGUCUGUGAUAAAUGAAGUCGAGAAAACACGCGACUAUAGAACUUGGACAGGUUACCAGAACAUGUACAAUACUUCAUUGUAUGACAUACAGAAAAUGUUCAUGUCAUGUUUACAAGAAAUGCCUGAAAGUGAAAAUGUUCAAUUAUGUUUACAAGAUUUCUUCAUUAACGAGCAAACCGAGCACAGUAAUCAGUUACAGCGUUUGUUGAAACAAAAUAAAACCAACAUAAAAUCACUUUAUAUAGACAUUAGCAAUACUUCCAGCAGUUUACGUAAAAUUAUAGAUUUAUUCUCUCUCACAGAUCUCAGUCAUAUACAGAAACUUGUAUUUCGCGGAAAUUGGAAGGAGGAUGCUGAGAUAAAUCGGAUAUUGUUUCCACGUCUACAGAACAUUACUUUGUUGGAUUGUGAAUGGGCAAAUGAUGAAGAGAAUCUAAGUGAAAACUUGGCGCGCUUACAAAACUUACAAUAUUUAUAUAUUUUCAACAUCACAUUAUCUCACAAAAUACUGGAAACAUUUUUCAAUGUUAUCUCUUGUCAAAAAUCAUUGAAAGAGUUAACAUUGUACCUGUUAAACUGUAAAAAUCACGACCGUCAUGAUUGUAAGAGAUUGAACUUGGAUUUGUCUCAACAUUCAACUCUAGCUAUGGUAAAUUUGCAGAUGUUACCUAGACUACUAUUAAAUAUAUCAACUCCGUCAUUAGUUAAUGUUACGUUGUUGGACAUCAAUUUAGAUGAAGGUUCAUUGUUACUGUCACGUGACAUGUUGAAUAUUGAACAUGUGAGGUUUUUUGUGAUAGAAAUGUCUGCAGGAAGUUUACAUAACUAUAUAACCGUGCUCGAAAACCUGCGAAGGUCAGUUACAGUAAAGAUGGAUGACAUAGAACCGGAAACCGAAUAUAAAAGUGUUAAAGGGCAUAUUCGGAGAUCACAAACUUUUCAUAUGAUAGAAGACGACACUUUGCCUGGGGCUUUUGAGUUCAAAACAAUAAAACCAAGCAAAAAAUAAACAUAGACAAGAGAAAAAACCUGAAGAAACU